UUUCAAAACAAACUACCUGUCAGCUGAUUAUGGUGCCCAAAGUUGGUCUCUAAAAAAAUGACCGAUUUCUCAGAAAAUAAACAAAAUCCACCAAAAACUAAAUUAAAAAACUGUCGUAUUUGUGGUAUAGAAAGUGAAGCUGGUGAAAAACUAUUCAAUUCACAAAGUGAAAUCGAAAAAAUCGCUGUGCAAAUUUGUUCAUACAUUUCAUUCAAGUUACAAAAUGUUCAAAUCUAUCCAAAUUGGAUAUGUCCCGGAUGUCAUCUACAAUUCGAAACAACAAAUGAAUUUUUUGAAUUAAUAAAAAAUGGCCAAACUAAAUUAUACGAACAAUAUGGUUAUCCUUCAAAACCACCUCGAAAACGCAAACGAAAAAAAGUUCAUACUUUUACCGUUUGCGGUACUCAGCUAGACGAUCCGUCUUCUGAUAAUCAUCCUAAUGAAUCUAUAAUUCCUACAAAACGUAUUUCCAAAAAGCCUAUAAGAUACAUUGACUCAAUGCAAGGCAAUGAACUUGAAGACCUUUAUAGUAAAAUCGGUCUUUCGAAAAGAAAAACGAAAGAACCUCCAACAGAGCCCAUUGCUCUGAUAGAAGAUCAAGAUGGAGUUACUCUCGGUGAGUUGAUUUCAACCACCGAUCAACUCCAUCGAAACUCUUCACGAUACCAAUGUGACUUUUGCAAAGCGGCUUUCGUUAAGGAACUCGCUUUCUAUAGUCAUUUAGCUACCCAUAAGAAUAUCCUUUACCAAUGCACUGAAUGUCAAGCUGUUUUUCAGGCAAAAUCAAUGUUUGAUGAACAUGUUAGACAAACAAAACACAUUGGCUUGGGUAUAAUUGAAACUCCACCUGAAAUUCAAAUUGAAAUUCCCGCCAACAUGCAAAAAGUUGAACCGCCAAAGACUGAAAUUGAAAUAAAGAAAUCCACAAAGUUUGUUUGUAUUUCCUGUUCCAAGUCAUUUGAUACUAAUUUGGCUAUGCAACGGCAUCAAAAAACACAUAAUGAUGCAAGACCGUUUCAAUGUGACAUCUGCUUUGCCAGAUUCAAACGUAAAACUGUUCUGCAAACCCACAAAGCCACUCACAGAACUGAACAUCCAUUCAAAUGUCAUAAGUGCUCGAGGAGAUUCACUUUGAAACAGACUUUGCAAAAUCAUUUGAAAUGGGUUCAUGAUGGCAUUAAGCCAUAUUAUUGCAAGAUUUGUAAGAAAUACUUUAGCCAGAAAUCCAAUCUGACCGAACACAAACGGAUUCACAAUGGAGAUCGUCCAUUUGUUUGUCUUAAAUGUGGAAAUGCCUUCAAGACUUCCUCCCAAUGUCGACUACAUCAAAAGACUCAUGUCAUACAAAUCGAAUCCAAGGAGAAAGAGAAUCUCGAAAAGACUAUCAAAUGUCUAGUUUGUGACAAGUAUUUUGUCACCCGAUUUAAUAUGAAAACACAUCUUCGAAUACACACUGGAGAGAAACCAUAUGCAUGUAAUUUGUGUCCUAGGAAAUUUGCCGAUCGAUCGAAUUUUCGAAAACAUAAAAAAAACCAUCUCGUAGAGAAGAAAACAAAACAACCAAAACAACAUACAUUGCUUAAAUCGAAUUUGAAUGAAGAAAUUUUGUCUUCUGAAACGGCUGAUGAUGAAAAUUUGAAUUUAGAUCCAGAUCCUGAUGGAUUGAUGCCUACGACAUCGAAAUCAUUUACUAUUUUGGAAAAUAUUGUUUUACCAAAUGUGAAUAAUUCUUUAAUUGGUAUUAUCAAUGAAAAUGAUGUUGAAAAUGUUGACCAAUGGAAUUCGGAUUUGAUGGUAACUGAUAUACCGAAUGAUGAGAAUUCAAUUGUUCAGCAACAACAACAACAAGAAAUGUUGAUGAAUCAAUUGGUUUGUAUAUCAUAUCAGGAUCCAAUGAAUCCGGUUACAAGUAAGACGACUUAUUAUCUUGUUAACCAAGGGAUAUAGGAUGGAGGAUAAAGAUGAACUUUAUUUUAAUUCAA